AUGGGUGUCGAGAAAUUUUCACACUUCGCUGUCCAUAAUUGGAUGAGCGAAAUACAAACCCGUGUUGUGGCUAAAUCUGGAAAGCCUAGUGACCGAUUCCACAUUGGAAAACUGGUGCUGGAUGCCCUUAGAGAUGUUCCGGAACAAGUUCUUCAGAUCGACGGUGGAACUGGGGAAUCCGAAACGUUUGGUUCAGCCCUGAAGAGAUCCGUUCAGUGCGCUAACGCGUUUCUAGGGAGAGGUCUUAAAAAAGAUGACGUAAUAGUUCUGAUGGCGCCGAACCAUAUCCAUCUCUGCAUACCAAUGUAUGCUGCAUUUUACCUUGGCGUGGGAGUAGCAGGGGUUGAUUAUACGUUGGCAGAAAAGGAACUCCACGAGACAUUCAAGUUUAAUAAGCCUAAGAUAAUAUUCUGCCAAAGCGAAAGAGCCAAAGAUGUUGGAGCAGCCUUACAAGGUCUGGACUUCUCUUGUGAAGUCGUUACAUUUAACACAGGAUCCGAAUAUAAAACAUUCUCAGAGUUGUUGGAGCAAGAAGCAGACGUUUCAAUUGAUGAAUUUGAGGCUGAAGAUUUCGAUCCAUCAGAGACGCCAUCAAUGCUUAUAGCAACCAGUGGAACAACUGGUUUGCCGAAAUCUGCUGAAGUUACACACAAAAAUCUCGUCUUUGGAAUGCCAUUCAUGUGGUCACACUUUGACACGUUUCCCUCACCAGUGCCUUUAUGUAUUGUGAUGUCUCCUCUCCAAUGGUACUCGGCAAUAUUUCUACUUAUCUCCUGCCCUCUGAUGAGGCAGACAAGAGUCCAGUCAUCGGAACCAAUGACAAAGGAACAUUCAUAUUACCUUAUUAAUAAGUAUAGGCCUUCCUUCGCAAUGUCAAGUCCCAAUAUGUGGAUGACCUUGUUUAAGCCCGGAGACCGAGAAGAUUGUGAUUUUACAUCGUUUCAAGUAAUUCUUAGCGGGGGUAGUGCAAUGCCACAGAGUCUAAGGGAUGAGAUUAAGCCGCUGAAAUUGGUAGGGACUCUAUGGGGUGCAUCAGAAUCACCGGAGCCUGCAUGGGUUGGUUCGUAUCGAGAAAGGUUGUGUUGCCUUCUCGAGGCUAUUCAACUUAUUCAUGGACAGUUGUCGGAAGAGAAGGGGCGUGAGCGAAGUGGAAAGUGGAUGAAGCGAAAAAGAUAUGUCCGUGAGAGGACCGUAGCAAGUGGAGAUCCGUGUUAUCUGUCUACCCCUCCGGGAAAAAGGCGUAAUUAUAUAAAACAAUAA